UUCAUCUUGACAUCAGUACAGUGACACCUUUAUUCAAACUGGGACCAAAAUUUACAGUCGACUGAACUAACAAGGUGUUUUUGGAGCCUUUACUUGUCAAAUGGAGGCAGAUCCUGAGUUGAUGGGUGUGAGAAAGAGAAAAGAGGACGCUGUCAGCAGCAAGGACACAAGAAACACUCAACAUUCAGCAGCGCAAUACAAAGGUAAGCUGCCACUGUUAUGGUCACAUACGCUGUUUAAACUUUCUUUUGAUGUAUUUUCAACUUCGGUUCACUACAAUGUACUCUGACCGACCUUAGAUUGUGAAAGAUAACAGGAUGCACAUAACAGAUUACAGAAAACACUAGAUUAUGAAGUGGAUUUAAUAAAGAGGUUAAUACUAAAUCUUCAUUAAUGUUAAAGUUUUCUUAUUCAUAAGCAGUUUAGUCUUCUCAAGUUGUUUUCUUUCAGGCUUUCCUUCCUUGUUUACCAAAUGAUAAACUAAUUCUAAAGCAUUUUUUAUUAGAUUACUUGCUGAAUAACUCAUGAUAAAUUAAUAAAUGUCGCCCCUUCAUCAAGCAAAAAUACACAAUUGAUUUGCUAAUUUUGCUAAUGAUGAAAUGACAUUUUCAAAUGUGAAACAAUUACUGAUGCUGCUUUUCAUUUUUAAUAAGACGAAUGUAUGCAUUUCAAAAGGAUGUUUAAUUGAAAGCAGAUAAUCUGUGUCAGUUGAGUAUUUCGACGACACCACAGCAGGGUUAUCCUCAGUGACAGCCCUGAAACUUAAGUGCAGGUGGCACGCUGUAUUUGUGAAGGAAACCUCAAGCUCUGGCAUUGUAACUGAACAUGUACGAGCAGGUGUGCAAGGAUCCAAACCUGACAUGAAAGAUCUAAACCUUUCAGACUCCUGCAGGUUCAUUCUCCCAGUCACCCUCCUGCUAUGCCUCGGUCCUUUCUCGUCAAAUGUAGAAGGUCUCAUCUACUCAGCCCGUAUAAGGAUUGCUUUAGACAAAACGCAGAGACUGAACAGCCUGUGCAGCGCAUGAAAGGAUCGGAGAGUGGGCAUCCUGAAGAUGCCAUGCAGCCUGUGUGCCCUGCUGUAGGAGUCAAAGGUCUUCUGGGUGAAAUAAGAUCACCGUGGGAUGAGAUGGGAGUCCAGUUUAACCGUGCGACCACAGACGAUCAUUGGACGUCAGCUAAAGCUCCGGUGGAGGACAGAGAUGCUGCUCUGCUCGCCUCGCCAUGGUUGCCAAAACAACACCAAGCAUCAGAGAGGGAGAGGGAACUGGAGAAACUGGUGUGCUUGCUUCUCAACCACACAUCGCACACUGAUCUCAGAUCCCCCGUCAGCCAGUGUCUACUCUGUGAAAAGUCUCUGUCAGAAGUCCUGCUGUCAGGUGGCCUCCAAGCUCAUGUCUCUGUUCCCUUGACACCAUCACCCACAGCUACAGACAGGACGCACAUGGCCUUCAGCUUCACAGGGCUUAGAAGCUACGGUAGAGCGAAGGACCGUAGCUUUGGCUGCAAGGUGUGCGGAAAGGUAUUCAAGCGCUCAUCCACCCUGUCCACACACCUUCUCAUCCACUCUGACACACGGCCCUACCCCUGCCAGUUCUGCGGGAAAAGGUUCCACCAGAAGUCGGACAUGAAAAAGCACACUUUCAUACACACGGGUGAGAAACCACACGUGUGCAAGGUGUGCGGUAAAGGAUUCAGCCAAAGCUCCAACCUCAUCACCCACAGUCGCAAACACAACAGCUAUCAGCCGUUCAGCUGCCCUCGGUGUCAUCGCACCUUCCAGCGUAGGCUGGACCUUCAGCACCACCAAGAGACGCUGUGUGGUUAUGGAAACAUUUAGACUCAAAACUGACGCCAGGAAGCUGGGCUGACAUUUAUAUAUAGUUCUCAGUCAUUCGACACUGCCAAAGCGAAAAGAUGUGCGUCAUGUAAUAAUAACAUGCAUGAAUAAAAACUACACUGCUUUCUC